AUGCCAGACCGACGACCGGCUGAAGCUAGCUCGGUACCGAGUGUGCACAGCUGCGCGCAUCUUGGCACCCACACCAUCCCUCACUCGGCCUCUGACCCGACGCAACUGACAUCCACGCUAUCCUCGACCACAACCAUAGACCAAAUACCACACAGCCCAACCGAAUCGGAUCGCGAAUCGUGCAAUCAUCAACCUCCAAAACAGUCUAGCAUGUCACCUCCCUCCCUCUCGCCAUCUGAACAGCAAGCGUUCUCAUCUCUCCGACCCACCGGCUCAUCACAGCAGCCACAAGCUAGCACUCAACAUCACACCGUCAAUCAGCAUGCUAACUCCAAACAUGACUCUGAAUCGAAUCAUUCCUCGAUCCGCUCCCUACGUUCCUCAGCAUCCGCCAUCAAGAAUCUACCCAGUACAGUCACCGAAACGCUCACUACAACCGUAGGUGCACCCGCGCGCACGCUGAAUUCCAUCAAGAACAAACUGCAAUCGCCAAGCACAAGUCAAAAGAGCAAAAGCGACAUCCCAAAUUCGCUCGGCAGACUCGAGCACGACAUGCAACAAAACCAACACGCACCCGGAAACUUGCAGCAAUCACCGUCUCUUACGACAACGCACGAGACUCUGCCUGCGCAAUCCAGCUCGUUCACCUCGCUGUUCAAAACCAAGUCAAAACGCUCCAAGAAGCAGCUUCCUGCUUUGAAGCAGCGUGCACCCCAGAGAUCCAUCUCUGCCAGUGCCAAUCAGGCCGACAUAGACAUGCAAGACGAGGAAGAAGACCAUGUGGUACAGCAGAGGAUCUACGAUCAGCAAAAGAGGUUGGAAGAGCUGGACGAACGGCAGACCAUGGGCUUGCUACGCACACAGCAGGAAGCGGGUCUCGAGCCAAUCCAGUGUCCGGACCAACCGACCAAGCCGUCCUGGCUGGUAGCGCUGCCGUUGUUUGGAGAUGGCGCUGGAUCGGCUCAGCAACGCGGCGACGCACAAGGAGAACAAGCGUGCUCCUCAAGAACAAGCAGUUUUCGACGCGGCAGCAGUCGUCGACGUGCAAAAGCUGACGAAAGCGACACGGACAACCGCACACACACAGGCGGCAUCCGUCGAUCCAAUUCCGAGAAGCUCCCUGAACCGCGCGAUUGCUCCCCUCCAGUUACACGAUCUGCCUCUACAUCUCGCGCAGCUCACACCAGAGUGCGCUCGCAAGCCACGCCCAGCCGGCGCAACAGCACGGGCCUGCACCUUCCUCGGCGACACUCGACCACGUGGACGUCCAAGCUGCGCACCCGGAUCCCCAUCAAAGAGUUUCCCUUGCAAGGCUCUGGACGCGAAUCCGAGUUCAACCAGGAAUGCCCGCUCUGGGCACGUCAACCGUGGAAGUACAUGUACUUUUCCUACUUCGGCCUCAGCGUCGGCCUCUACCACCUGCCUCGAUGGGCCAUCUCGUCGAUCCUCCCUUCACACCGUGGCCGCCCCGAUUGGAGCUGGAAGAAGGCCACCAUGGUCAAGCUCUUCCGCCACGGCACUAAGCUCACCUUCCGGACGCGCACCAAUUUGGGUCGCGAUCUGCAGAAGGAGGUGCCGCACAGCAAGACGGUGCGGUGCAAGUUCACCUGGGUCAACCCGGUUGCGCAUGACGACGUGAGGGGCGAGUUGAGGAGGGCGAUGCAGGUGCAGAAGGUCAUGCCGCAAAGGACCUGUGGCUUCUGGUAUGGAGAGGUGGGUAAGCAGCAUCAUGCUGCAUCCGAUUCGUGUCGUGCCAGGAAGCAUGCAUCCGGUCCAAGCUCGACCAACGCUAGCAGCACACCAAACCAGGAGCGUGAGUGUAAACGUGAAGAAUGCGAGCGCGUGGAUGCGAUGCACGAGUCUGCGGCGAGUUUGCGCGCGGUUUCGCAGAGCAGUCAUGGGUCGUCGGGCGUCGAGGCAAAGCGUGGAGUGGGUAGACCGGCGGAGCCUGGCGAGAAGGUACUGUACCACUUGCACGGUGGCGCGUACUGGAUCGGCACGGCGCACGAAAAGGACGUAACGGCAGCGGUCAACACCGAGAGCCUGCGCUACAUGGCCGAAAUCUACCGAGCCAGAGAAGCUGCCAACGGCCAGACUGCGUCGCGAUCCACGUCGUCCUCGACGUCAUCGUCAUCGUCCGCCUCUAACUCUUGCUCGGCUGGAGCUCGCUCGACAAGCGCGGGCAAGCUGCUGCGGUCGUUCAGUCUGGACUAUCGGUUGUGCGUGCCUGGACGACCUCGCGCCGGCUCGUACCCGGCGGCUCUACUCGACGCACUGUCUGGCUACCUGUAUUUGGUGCGCGAACUGAAUUUCUCGCCUGAGAACAUUAUCAUCGCUGGCGAUUCUGCGGGUGGCAACCUGGCGCUCGCGCUCUGCCGGUACCUUCGCGACGAGGGUCCCUCGAUUGCCGAGCAACCAGGUGCUUUGCUGCUCAUGUCUCCGUGGGUAGACGUCUCUCGCUCGCACAGCGGACCGACAGGCGCCCCGAACCUGGAUUCUACCGUCUAUCUGAACCAAGACUCAGAUAUCAUCAGCAACAUGCUCGCCUUCCGAAACACGGCGGUCUCGGCGUUCUUGGGCGAUCUGCCAGCGAGAGAGACGUAUCGGAACCCGUACAUCUCGCCGGUCUCGCUGCAGCUGCCGCUGGAACGCGGUGGCGAGGGCCCGCAUUGGGGGUUCCAUGGGUUUCCGAAGAAGAUCUACAUCACCACUGGAUCCGCCGAGAUCUCGUACGACCAACAUCUGACGUUGGCACAUCGUUUGGCCGAGGGCACAAUCAAGGCUAGACCCGUAUAUGCGGGAGAUCGGUUGAGCGCAGGUUGCAAUGCCAGGGAGAUGGCCGAGAGGAGGGCUAGGCCGAGACCGAAGGAGAUCCUGGAUGCAGACCAGGCGCAGAUUGGCGAGACGCCGGCGGACGAGUUGCAAGGUAUGCAGUUGGGCGUAGAGCCAGAGCGAGGCGAGCAGUUUGCGACCAAGGUGGUGGAUGGCGAGCCUAGACCGGGUAACACAAGGCGCGGCUUGCACAGCAGAGACACCACGCUGCUGGGUGAGAAUGGUGAAGCGACCAACGACGGAACGCUCGAACCGGCGCCACAGCCAUGGCAAGCUAGUUCAGCAGCGGCAGCAGCAGCCAAGACACGGCUGCACGCAGUACCACCACCCGAGCCAGCAGAAAAGGAAGACCGCCAAGUGAUCCUUGACGAGGUCAAGGACGCUGUUCACGACUACCUGCUGUUCAAAUGGUUUGAGCCCGAACGCUCAUCGACCUGGAGGAGGAUCGCACAGUGGAUCGAUGGGGUGUAA